AUGCUGAUCCCGUCAAACCAGGUGUUAUUCAAACGAAAACCCGUGCAGUACCUUCCACGGCCCGUCAUUGAAGAUGAAAGCUCUGAGGUUUGGGUCAUCUCCGAGACCAACGAGGUCUUCACGAGCUACGAACCCUACCUUCACCGGAUGGAUUUUUACAAGCAGCGGCGAUUUAUAUGCGAGAUCACAGGGCAUUCGGGAUUGAACUUCUUCGAAGCCCUUCGGAGCGAGACGGAAGAAUCGCGCGAGGUGAACAAUUCUUUCCCGGAUGCGUUGAGGGAGCCCAUACUCCGUCGGAUUCAGUUUUCUACUGUCUCAAGAGUUGAUAAUCUGGUGGAUGAAAUCUAUGAAGAAUUCAAGCAAGACUUUUAUCCGGGAGAGCCUGUCCUGAUUCUGCUGGAAGACAGCACCCGGCUUCACGGUACCAUCCGGGACAAAGCAAAUUUCGCCGAGCAGCUGUAUGCCGAUGGAACCAUCAAAACGCCAGCCUACGCGCGAUAUCUAGUGAAGAUCCUGGACCGCCCCAAUGAAGAAGCUUUGCUGGACCAAGAGCAUAUCACGCGCGAUCGAAAGUCAUUUACGAAAUUGAUGCUGCGAGGCUUCAUUAAAAACAAUGUCACUCGGGAAUCGUGGACCGGCGCGCCCUGGUUGGUGAAGCCGUCUGUUGCCGAGGAAUACAAGAUCUCCACUGAGGUGCCCAAACAUCUGCAGUAUGGUGCCAAAGUGGCAGAGAAGAAGGCGAUGAAGAAAGCAGACCAAGAUGGAUUCUUCGGUUUUUUCGCCUCCCAGCAGCUGCCUGAACUGAAACCUGCUGUCAAGGGCCAGAAAGCAAAGAUGUCCGUGCAGGACAUGGCAAAGUCGAGGGAGGCACAGUAUCAAGAGUAUCAGCGAUCCUUGAACGGGAACCCCUCUUUUCUCCUCGCUUCCAACCCUCUGCGUCCCUCCAAGCCUCCACAGGUAGGCGACAAGAAGAUGCCGUUUGCCCCGGAUGCCGUGAUCAAAGACGAAUCACGACCGUCGUCACCGCCACCGAUCAAGUAUCCCAUCGAAGAUCUAGAUCUGGUACCUAUCCGCGAGAAGAAACAACGGCCGACGCUAAAAUUUUUGAUGGUGGACGAGUCAGACGACGAUGGAACUGAAGAUUUGCUACCCGAUGACCUGGAGCCCGAAUCGGUGGGCUUGCUUUUGGAAACCUGGGAUACUCUGAAUGUCUACUGUGAGGUGUUUCAGCUGGAUUCCUUCACCUUUGAUGAUUUUCUUCAGGCCAUGCGCUUUUCCUCCGAAGAAAUUGACUGCGAGCUGUUUGUAGAGGCACAUUGCGCAAUCUUGAAAAAGCUUGUAAACUCGGAGGAUGAAGGUGGUGCUGUUCAGAUUUCACUUCCGGACUUCCCCGUGGACGAAUCCGACGAGUCCGAGGAAGAAGAGGAUGAGGAGGAAGAGAGGGAGGAAGAGGAAGAAGAUGCAGAGUCCAGGCCAGAGCGAAUGACCACCCGUGGAAGUUUGGCUAAACAGGAAGCGGAUACCUUGAAAGCACAGGUGGAUGAUGACUCGAUUGAGGUGAAGAUUCAUCGGGCCGCCGAGAUGUUUGGCAAAUACGGGUGGAUUGAUCGUCUGCGCCGGCGCGAUUUCCGCAACGGGGGUUGGGAAUUGGUCAUGAUCGGCCUGCUGCACCAGCUGUCUGUUCGCCCUCGCGCCGAAAAGAUCUGUAACGAUAUCCUCAAGCACCUCGCACCGCUCGACGCGGAGCCUACACAGGAAACCGCACGAGAGCAAUACCGGACUCUCGAUAUCAACCUGCGCGCCAAGGGACUUCAGAUGAUCUGCAUGCUGAGCUUGGAGACCAAAGCGAUCCGGAAUUACAUGGAGGAAUGCAGCAAUCAGAUGACCGAGUUUCGCAAGGAAAAAAUUGAACACCAAAAAGCUCGCAAAGCAGCACUUGUUGAACUUCGUCAGCUCCACCAGGAACGUAAGGCUGUUCAACCAGAACCGGAGAAAUCCCCCUCCCCUGUGCCCGAGCUGGAGGAGGGCCUGGAGGAUUCCAAGAUGACUGGCAUUGAGGGAGACUCUGAAAUGCCUGUCGAUUCGGACGAGGAGGACGAUCGCCGACCACGUGCCCUUCGUGGAGGAGUGGACCGCGCUCUCGAAAGAAAGCGGAAGCAAGAGGAGGAACGAGAGCGCAAGGAGCAGUUGGCGAAACAGCCGAAGGGAUCCAAACAGUACCAGCGGGUACUGAAGAAGAUCGAUGACCAGAAGGCCAAGAUCGAGAAACUCAAGGAGCAAAUCGAGACGGUAGAAAACGACCUCCGCGAGGCCGACUGUCCUCGUACGCGGUGCCUAGGCUUGGAUCGCUUCUGCAACCGAUACUGGUGGUUUGAGCGCAACGCAAUGCCCUACGAAGGCAUGCCAAACAGCUCGACGGCGGAAGCCCACUAUGCCAACGGCCGCCUGUGGGUUCAGGGCCCUGAUGAUAUGGAGCGCGCAGGCUUCAUUGAAGUGACCGACGAACAGCGCAAGCAGUACCAGCGCCACUUCCAAACCACUCCGGCGGAGCGCAAGAAGCAUGAGGAAGGACCUACGCAUGUGUCCAGUGCGCGCGAAUGGGGCUACUACGAUGAUCCCGACGCGGUCGAGCAGCUGAUCGAUUGGCUGGACUCGCGCGGCAACCGUGAGUUCAAGUUGUUGAAGGAGCUUCAUCUCCAGCAAGACCUCAUUUCCAAAUAUAUGAACAACCGUCAUGCAUACUUGACGGAGAGGGCAGAGAGGGCCGAGUCCGAGGAUAUUGUGCCGGCCAAGCGCGUGACGACCCGCAAGAGGACCUACGUGGAUAUGAAUGAACAUCGACUCCGCUGCCUGCGUUGGAAGAACACGACGGCCUUGUCGGAGAUCGGCCACCUUCAUGUUGACCCGGACCGCCCGGCCAAACGCACAAAACGGGCUGCCGACGACACCAGGGAGACCAAGGCGACUCGAGGCAAGCCAUUGACUCGUCAAGGCUCGCGCAAGGGUUGA